AUGAGUGACCAAAUUCCCACAUUAGAGGUGCCUAGAUCCCAAGAAUGGAGGCAGACCGCCAAGGACGUGACUGCUGGUGCAGCUGGUGGAGUUGCACAGGUCCUCAUCGACCUUGUCAAGGUUCGUCUGCAGACUCAAGAAGGCGGGGAUGCGUGGUCUGCUACUCGCCAUAUCUGGGCCAAGGAAGGUGCCCUCGCAUUCUACAAGGGCACGCUUAUGCCCUUGUUGGGGGUUGGCGCUUGCGUCAGCAUUUCGUUCGGAGCUUUGCAUACCUUCCGCCAAGCGAUCGAAUCGUGCAACCGCCAGACCCGCCCCUCACAUGAUCGGACCCUCUCCCUUCCUCAGUUUUACAUCGCUGGUGCUGGUGCAGGGCUGGUGACUAGUAUCGUCUCGGGCCCAGUGGAGCAUAUUCGCAUCAGACUUCAGACGCAACCGCACGGCACGGGAAGAAUCUACAUGGGGCCGUUUGAUUGUGCACGAAAGUUGAUGAGGGCAGGCGGGCUGGCAGGGUUGUAUCGGGGGCAAGUGAUGACGGUUGUUCGUGAGAUGCAUGGCUACGGAGUGUGGUUUGCGACGUAUGAGGGGCUGGUUCGGUGGGCGAUGCAUCGGCAGCGCAAACGACGCGAGGAGUUACCGGGCUGGCAGAUUGCGGUGUAUGGGGGUUUGGCGGGGGAGGCGCUCUGGUUGUUGGGCCAUCCAAUCGAUGUGAUUAAGAGCAGAAUGCAGAGUGAUGGGUUGGGAUCUGAGAGGAAAUAUCGUGGGGUGGAACACGUGGUGCGGGAUACGUGGGCUGUGAGUGGAUUGCGGGGGUUGUUCUAUGGAAUCGGGCCGGCGUUGUUGAGGGCGAUGCCGGCGUCUGCUGGGACGUUUGUGGUGGCUGAGAUUGUGCGGGAAAUGCUGAAUUAG